AUGAUAGACAAUCAUACAAGUUCACAUGCAAUGGAGACUAGUUUCAGAAGUUCCCUGUCCUCUGAAACUGGUUGGGCACGUGUCUUCAAGGAUGGCUCUAUCCUGGAAAGAUCACAUGGUGUUGAAGCUGGUAUUCACAGGGAGCUUUUUAGUUUUUACUUACCGAUGGGACCUCUUACUACUGCCUUUGACGGUGAAGUUGAAGCUAUUACUGUAGCUGUUCAACAUCCGUCAAUUCGUGCCCACUCUUUUGAAAGAUCAGUUCUAACGUCAGGUUCUAAAAGUGUGCUACAGGCAUUCCAGAAGGAUUUAAAGAGUGUCCAAAGAAUUUUAGAGUGUUGGAUUUUACUUAAGGAACUGGCCAAAAGAAUUUCAUUAUAA